UUAAUAUAUAGCCUUUCCAUUGCUUUUCCUCGAACCCCAUAAGCCCUCAUAAUGAUUUUUAAAGUCUUUCUUAUUCUUUUUCAUGUCUUCCCAUUUUGCGUUCUCUCAGUCAACCAAGAAGUCUUGUAUCUCCAUAGUGCCAAGCUGGGUCUGGAUGACCCAGACGGCACGCUUUCAGGAUGGAACGAAGAAGAUGACUCGCCUUGUAAAUGGUUCGGCGUAAAAUGCGAUGUCGAGUCAGGUUCAGUGACCUCUCUGGACCUCUCGAAUGCGAAUGUCGGAGGGCCAUUCCCGGAUGUUCUUUGCCGGCUUAAAAAUCUGAGAUUUAUCUCGUUUUUCAAUGAUUCUUUCAGCUCCAUAAUUCCAGACGGGUUGUCGGGCUGUCUGGCACUGGAGCAUCUCGAUUUGUCUCAGAAUUACUUGACUGGGUCUCUCACGGACACUCUGGCCGAGCUUCCGGAACUGAAGUACCUUGAUUUGAGCGGGAAUAAUUUCUCCGGCGAAAUCCCGGCGAGUUUCGGGAGUUUCCGGCGGCUUGAAGUAUUGGGUCUAGUCGAAAACUUGUUGGACGGGACAGUCCCGGCGUUUUUAGGGAAUGUUUCGAGUUUGAAGCAGCUGAAUCUCUCGUAUAACCCGUUUUCUCCGGGUCGGAUCCCGCCGGAGCUCGGGAACUUAUCGAAUCUGGAGGUCCUGUGGCUGACCAACACUAAUCUGAUCGGAGAAAUUCCCGACUCGUUGAGUCAGCUCACCAAACUGGUCGAUUUAGACCUUGCAUUCAAUGGGCUGAGCGGUCCGGUCCCAUCCUGGUUGACCGAGUUGACCAGUGUGGUUCAGAUUGAGCUCUAUAAUAACUCGUUGACCGGGGAACUUCCGGCGAAAGGGUGGUCAAAUAUGACGGCGUUGAGGCUGAUUGAUGCGUCAAUGAAUCAGUUGACUGGGAAUAUCCCGCCGGAGUUGUGUGGUUUACCUCUGGAGUCACUCGCUCUGUACGAGAACAAAUUGGAAGGUAACUUGUCGGAAAGCAUUGCGAAUUCGCCGAAUUUAUCCGAGUUGCGUCUUUUCUCAAACAAAUUGAACGGAAGCUUGCCAAAAGAUCUGGGAAAAAUCCAACCUUUGUUGAUGAUUGAUGUUUCUGAUAACGACUUCACAGGGGAAAUCCCGGCACCCUUGUGUGAAAUGGGUGUUCUGGAGGAACUCCUGAUCAUAGGCAACUCAUUCUCCGGCGAGGUCCCGGCGAGCUUGAGCGAAUGCCGAAGCCUACGUCGUGUGAGGUUCGCGCAUAACAAGCUCUCCGGGGACGUCCCGGCCGGCAUUUGGGGGUUGCCCCGGGUAUCCUUGCUCGAGCUGACAGACAAUUCAUUCUCCGGCGAAAUAGCGAAAACAAUAUCGGGUGCUUCAGAGCUAUCUUUUCUACUUUUAUCGAAAAACAGAUUCUCCGGUACAAUCCCGGGAGAAAUCGGCUCUCUUGCCAAUCUUGUUGAUUUUCUGGGCUACGAGAAUCAGUUUUCCGGCCAAUUACCGGCCAGCAUUGUGAAUCUUGAGCAGUUGGGAAGAUUAGACCUUCACAACAAUGGACUAUCAGGUUCCCUCCCUGAGGGAAUUCAAAACUGGACGAGAUUAAACGAUUUGAACCUGGCAAACAAUAGCUUCUCCGGUAACAUCCCUGUGGAAAUUGGUAACCUCUCUGUUUUAAACUAUCUUGAUUUAUCAAGAAACCGAUUUUCCGGUAAAGUCCCCAUGGAAUUACAAAAUCUGAAGCUGAAUCAACUAAACCUGUCAAACAACCUUCUCUCUGGCGGCAUUCCGCCCCAGUAUGCAAAGCCGAUGUACAGAGACAGCUUUUUGGGGAAUCCUAGUUUGUGUGGAGACAUGCAUGGUUCAUGUGAUAAGAGAGAUGGAAAUAAACAUUAUGUUUGGUUAAUAUUUGUGUUAGCUGGUUUUGUUCUUAUCCUAGGAGUGGGUUGGUUCUAUUCCAAGUACAAGAGCUUCAACAAAUCCAAAAAGGGUAUUGAUAGAUCAAAGUGGAGUUUGAUGUCUUUUCACAAACUCGGUUUUGAUGAGUUUGAGAUAGUGAAUUCUCUUGAUGAAGACAAUGUCAUCGGAAGCGGAUUGUCGGGAAAGGUGUACAAGGUUGUCUUGAGCAACGGAGAAGCUGCUGCAGUUAAGAAAAUCCGAAGCAACAUAAAGGUAGCCGACAGCGGGAGUGAUAUGGAAAAGGGUGAUUCUGAAGGGGAUGGAUUUGAAGCUGAGGUAUCAACUUUAGGUAAGGUUAGGCAUAAGAAUAUUGUUAAGCUUUGGUGUUGUUGUGUCACGGGGGACUGCAAGCUAUUGGUUUAUGAGUAUAUGCCUAAUGGAAGCUUGGGAGACUUGCUUCAUAGUAGUAAGAGUGGUUUGUUGGAUUGGGGAUUGAGAUAUAAGAUAGCAAUUGAUGCGGCCGAGGGGCUGUCUUAUCUGCACCAUGAUUGCGUGCCCGCGAUUGUUCAUAGAGACAUUAAGUCGAACAAUAUAUUGUUGGAUGGGGAUUUUGGAGCCCGGAUUGCUGAUUUUGGCGUUGCUAAGGUGGUUGAACGAGACGAAAGAGGAACCAAACUUAUGUCUGGCAUUGCAGGCUCUCGUGGUUACAUCGCGCCCGAAUAUGGCUACACGCUUCGGGUGAACGAGAAGAGUGACAUAUACAGCUUUGGAGUAGUGAUAUUGGAGUUAGUUACUGGAAGGCUCCCGAUAGAUCCCGAAUUCGGGGAUAAGGAUAUAGUUAAGUGGACAUGCACCACAUUGGACCAGAAUGGCGUGGAUCAUGUCAUUGAUUCAAAAUUGGAUUCUUGUUUCAAGGAAGAAAUCUGCAAAGUUAUGAACAUUGGCCUCCUCUGCACUAGCCCAUUGCCUGCUAACCGGCCUUCAAUGAGACGGGUGGUGAAGAUGCUGCAAGAAGUGGGCCCUGGGAAACAACCCAAUAUGCCGGGUUCGAAGGACGGGAAAAUCACGUCCUUCUACUACGACAACGAUUCUGAUCAUGGAAGCAUCGUGUAGAAUGAUUGGUUCAUUUUUUUUCACUCUAAUUCACUAAAUUCAAAGAUGGCCUCCCCUAACUAUGAGCUUCUGUUCUGAAAUCCCCAGUUCACAAGUGUUUUAACUUUUAACUGAUUGUGAGGGUGAAAUUUUGAUAGAGAAUUGAUUUCAUUGUAAAUUACAGAUUCACAAAAUUUUCCUCCUUGACCAUUUUCAGGAAGUUCAUUGUAUCAAAGUAAGUACAAU